AUGGGAUGGCAUAGCUAUUGUGAUCGGGUAUGGCAUAUAAUAACCCCCACGAAUAUAUAUUUGGCAUCUAAUGAUUCUAUUUCUAGAUACCUGUUCAACCCCUUUACAAUAGCAACAUGCCUUGGGCGCCCUACCACAGCUUUCACAAACAGCGCGAUAAUAUAUGCGAUAUCAAAUGCUAUUGCCGGCAGGAGCGUCAACUCUAUGCUAGCUCUGGGCCUGGCCUCCUAUCUCUCCGUCUAUCCCGCUCUUUUGUUCCCGCCUUUAGUCUUACUUUGCUAUGAUCAUUAUAUUAGCAAGGUCAAGUCCGGAGGCAGCUGCGUACCAUACGCCGCCUCGCACUUUCUCAUUUUUGCCACAGAUAUCGCAGGGUUUUUGGCCAUAUCAUAUGGCGUAACCGGUUACUCUUGGGAUUUCAUCUCUGCUACGUAUGGCGCGCACCUACUGGUUCCCGACUUGACCCCCAAUGCCGGCUUAUGGUGGUACUUCCUGAUAGAGAUAUUCGACCCGUUCCGUGAAUUCUUCCUAGGGGUAUUUUGGCUGCACCUAGCAAGUUACGUGGGGGGUUUAACCAUACGACUAAGGCGACAACCGCUUUUCGUCAUGACAUGUCUUCUUGGUAUCUUCGCCAUCUUCAAGCCUUACCCCAGCAUCUCCGAUGUUUCGAUAUAUCUGUCGUUCCUUUCGCUUUACCGACACAUAUUCCCUCGUAUGUAUUCCCAUAUCCGUCGUACCCUGUGA